AUGCUCUCUAUUCCUGGAAUGACCUUCGAUCCGUCACGUCUACGAUCCUAUUUACUCCGACUCCCUCUUUUCACUCGACUUGCCCUUCUAUGCAUUGUUGUAUUCUGGGUGAUAGGCUUACAGAAUGUUUGGGAUGUGCCGAAAUGGGGGGCUUUGUAUCCCUCUAAGAUCAGCUUUGCUGGAGGAAUGUACCGAAUAAAUACAUAUCCUAUCGUACAUGCCGGGUUUUUACACGCAUUCUUGAACAUAAUUGCCGUGACACCUUUACUAGAGAAGUUUGAAGCUGAACAUGGAACUCUUACCUCCCUUGCCAUGUUUCUUGGACCCCUUUCAACACUGCCGGCAGGUAUCUACGUUGUGCUCUCCAGAUUUGUUUUCCGGUCCAAUAUGCCCGUUCUAGGCUCUAGUUCGUGGUUUUUCUUACUCCUUGGCUCAGAGGCUAUAAAAAGAUUUCAAACACACCCUCACAUCAGUUGGGGUAAAUACCAAAUUCCGAGCUGGACGUUCCCCUUGAUCCUAAAUGCAGUUUUUUCAGUCCUUCCCAACACAAGUUUCAUGGGCCACACGUGCUGCAUCGCUGUUGGAUAUCUCCUUGGAUUGGGAUACUUGAAAUUCUUGUUUCCACCAGAGAAAGUCCUCAGGUGGAUUGAAACAAAGUUAAAUUUACUCGGAAGGCUACCUCACUACGUUUCUGUGGAUCAGAAAACCUAUGGUCGAUACGGUAUUCUCCCAACAAACGGUACUGGCGAUAGAAGCAUAAAGUUGAACUUCGUAGGGUCAUCCCAAAGGUUAGGACCUUGA